GUCGUUGAUGACUGGCACCUUCCCCGGCCGUCACUUUGCUAGCUGCAGCUAUAUAAACGUGGGCAGAAGCAUCUCAUCCUCCCACCACCACUGGACGGACCUCCAAAGUUUCCAGCGUUAGUUCAAGAAACACAAUAGCACCGCCGCUAGUAGAAACCAGCGCCACGGUGAUCGACCUGCUCCUGCUCGGCUCCUCCCCACACACGAGCGGAGAUAAGCUUCAACCCAUCGAUCGAUCAAGCGAGACAAUCCCGUGCCACCUAGCCACUAGCGACAAUGGCUUUCGCGGUCAAGGCUGCAUCGACCUCCCAGUGGACUUUGUCCCCGGCGGUUCAUCAGCCGUCAUCGCUCACGACGCGGGCGGCGGCGUCGGUCGCGAAGAUGCCGGCGGGGCGGAGGAAUGCUGCGGCGGCCGUCAUCAGGGCGGUUGCCGCCUUGGCUCCGCCGCCUGCCCCGGCGCCUCCCAGGCCAGCGGGCAAGCGGUGCCUACCGUUGUCGCAGACCAUGUCCAGGCUCAAGGCGCAGGGCAAGACGGCGUUCAUCCCGUACAUCACCGCCGGCGACCCCGACCUGGCCACGACGGCGGAGGCGUUGCGGCUCCUGGACGCCUGCGGCGCCGAUGUCAUCGAGCUCGGCAUGCCCUUCUCCGACCCUUACGCUGAUGGGCCCGUCAUCCAGGCAUCGGCGGCGCGCGCGCUGGCGAGCGGCACGACGACAGACGGUGUGCUGGCGAUGCUCAAGGAGGUGACGCCGGAGCUGUCGUGCCCGGUGGUGCUCUUCUCCUACAUCAACCCCAUCAUCCGGUGGGGGCUGGCUGAAUUCGCUGCUGCCGCCAAAGAAGCCGGUGUAGAUGGUCUUAUAGUCCCCGACCUCCCUUAUGCUGGCACUUGUUCCCUCAGGAGUGAAGCCAUGAAGAACAACCUCGAGCUGGUGCUGCUCACAACACCAGCUACGCCGGAAGAGAGGAUGAAGGAAAUCACAAGAGCUUCAGAAGGUUUUAUUUACCUUGUGAGCGUCAAUGGCGUUACAGGUCCCCGCGCAAAUGUGAGCACACGUGUCGAAUCUCUCAUUCAAGAGGUUAAAAAGGUCACUAACAAACCUGUGGCUGUUGGAUUUGGCAUAUCGAAACCUGAGCACGUAAAGCAGAUUGCGGAGUGGGGAGCUGAUGGGGUGAUAAUUGGCAGUGCAAUGGUGAGACAGUUGGGUGAGGCAAUAUCUUCACAAGAAGGGCUGAAACGGCUGGAGGAUUAUGCUAGGAGCAUGAAGAACGCAUUGCCACGAAGCCAGACUAGUACUAGAGGGCCAGAUAAUUAAUAAUUACAGUAACCUGAAGGGCUCCUCUCAUUCGUCGUUAGGCAGCCGUCAGUCCAUCUCUAGUAGAAAAGGAGCUUUUAAUUUUCCUUUGUUUGUAUGCAUAUAUGUUUCUUUAGUUAGGGUAGCAACCGUUCGCUUCGACCGUGCCUCGAGCCCUCAGAUCACUGUGUAAGG